UGAAGAAAGAACAAAGAACGAGCGAUUUUUCCUGCUCAGAAACUUUUAAACAGAAAAUGGUCUUGCGUUUAUUCGAACAAAUAUGAGUUAUUUUUUGAUGAUGGGAGAAAAACGUUUGGAAAACAGAGAAAACAUGCGGGAUGCAUUUUCUGAUGCUGAAGAUUAUUUAGAUCAAGGUCUAGUUUCUGCUAAACGUUGUGCAAGUAGAACAUCUUCUGUAGGUUCUUGGCCUGAGCAUUUCAGGCCAUCUUUUACAGAAAAGCUGAAAUUCAAAUCUGUAAUGGAAGGAGAGCAAACUGCUUUUAAAUGCAAAAUGGUUGCCAGCCCAGCACCAAACGUUGCAUGGUUUCAUAACAACAGACCUAUUCGUAAAGAUUCAAGAAAGGUUAUUAAAACAGAAAGCACAAUGCACAUUCAUAGCUCCAGUUUGGAAAUCAAUAAUGUAGAAGAGAAGGAUUCCGGGAGCUACAAGAUAUUUGCAAUAAACUCCGAAGGAUCAGCAGAAUCAAUUGCAUCUUUACUUGUUGCACUUAAAGAGGAGCAAAAUGAAAACUAUCUAAAUUUUGUGAAAAGAUCAGUGAUGGCUCACCAAAGCAUGGACACUUUGGUUAAAAAUCGGAACGCAAGACUUAAAGUUGAUCUUAGGCAUGUUGGGUCUCCUUUUGAGAAGAAAUUUGAGUUUCAAGGAGCUUUGCAAAAUAAGUCAAAUUCUAGAAGUAGACUGAUGCGUACAAUGUAUAUUGAAAGUACAUUCACAGCAACUAAAUAUGAUGAUCCUGCUAUUAAUAGGUCUGCAGUUAUAUAUUCACCUAGAUUAUGUGGGACAAUUCUCAACAAAGAUAGCUUGAUCGAUGAAGAUAUUAAGAUUAAACUGCAUCUUUUACGUGAAGCUAAAAGAAAAAAGAGAUUUUCUCUUGCACUCUCUGAAGCUUCAUUUGACCUAGAUACAUCAACUGAAAACAAUCAAAAAUACAGUCAUGUUUAUUUAGACAGAGAGCGCAGCAGAAGUAUGGGAGAUCUUAACUGCAUGAACCAUGCAGAUAGUAAAUGUCGUUUUGUGUACGAGCAGACAGAGUCUCCAGGUGAUUACUUUCGGAAAGGACCUCUUGAACGACAACAACAGACGGAACAGAUAUUAGGGCUUCCUUCACUGGAAACAGAAUUUAAAAAUGUCCUUGAAGAAAAUAUAAUUGAAGAAUCUUCCAGAACAGAAGUCAUAAAGUCAUUAAAUGAGCAAAUAUUGAAAGGUGAUUCAUCCCAAGAGACGGAAGAGUCGCAUGAGGAUCAAUAUUGUUUGGAACCACAGGAAUCUGGUAAACGUAGUUUUCAGAAAGAAUUUUCAGACCAACUAUUUGGAAAAAUUAUUAGUGUGCAGAGAGAUUUCCAAUCAGAUGUUUCUGGGGAGACGUUGGAUUAUUUCAUACCUGGAACCAGAAAAACUAAAGCAGCUGGAGAAACUGAGGUAGUUAAACAGUUUGCAGAUACAGUUGAGUGUACAGACAUUUUAUUGAAGGAGAAAGAGUUUCUAACACCAGUAAAGCAAACUCUGGUGGAGAUAAAAGAACCUCAAAAGAAAUACAAGUUCAAUAAAAAUAAUGCCAUAUUUUCUGAUCAAAGUGUGCAAAACUCGCUUGCAAGGAAAACUAGAAGCAGUCAUUUCAUGUUUGACCACUUCAGAGCAACAGAAAAAUAUGAAUCUAGUUUCACUGAAAAGGAAGACAUAAUGGGGGAGUGCGCACAAAAGUUGAUUCCUUCUUUAUUACCAGAAAAAAACAUCUCAGUUCCUGCCAGCCCACCUUUGGAUGCCAAUGCAGUAGAAAUAAACAAAACCUUGGGUAAAUGUGAAGCAAAAAAAGACCGUGUUAUUAGUUCUGACAAUUUACCUAGAAUUAUCUUUCAAAAACAGAUGCCUGGAUCUGAUUGCAGAACUGUUUAUCAAACCAAAUUGGCAUCCAAAGAAAAUGAGGCAAUAAGUGUAAUUAACAUAAAUGAAAAAGUGGUGCAAUCUGAAGGCAAAAUUAAAGAUGAUUCCCAAACAAUAUUACCCUCUACAUUACCAGAGAAAAAAGAAAUAUCAAGUUUCACUAGUUCUUUAAUUAAAAACACACAAGAAGAUACAAAACAUAUUCCAAAUAAAACUACAAAGGUAAAAAAUGAAACAUCUAUAAGACACGCUGGCAAACAAAAUGAUUUACUAACCCAAAAAGCAGGAGUUGUUCAUGAAAUACCUGAUCAUUCUUCAUCAGAGAUGAUUGAUGUGCUCAAAAUCAAUCAGAAAGAAAGCCAAUAUGAAAAAGAGAUUAUAGAUUCUGUCCAUGUCAUGAGGCAUUCGCCUUUGACAGCAAAGAAAAGAGAAGCAUCAGCCUUUUUUAGCCCAGUGCUAAAACAACUUCAAGUGGGAAUAAAGAAACCUCCAAAGGAAUCUGAGGUUCAUGAAAAAGAUGAACCAGCAUCUGAAAGAAGCUAUGGACAUUUUAUUUAUGUAGAAUCGGACUAUCCAGUAACAAAAUCUGAAGAUUGUCAUGAAAUCCAAAUGGCUGUUCAAUCCAAGUUAGCAGUAAAACAAAUUCAUGUGAUUGGUGUUUCUGAAAUCAGUCAACAUGAACAGUGUGAAGGCAAGGUUAAAGAUCCUAUUUUAAGUUUGGCGCCUUCUGUAUCAGAGAACAAAGAUGCUUCCCCAACUGUCAGUUCAUACCUAAAGGAAACUGUGGGUGAAAUGAGAGAAUCUCGACAUAUAUCAGAGGUUAAUGAAGGUACUAAGAUACCUCCUGCCCAAUUUGCUGGUGGUAUUGUUAGUAUAAUGAGGAACCUUGUUGCUGAAAAAUCUGACGAGGUCCUUGAAGCAUCUAAUCUUUGCACAUCUGUUGAGGUGAUUAACAUUUCUAAUAUCAAUCAGAACCAGAAAGAACCACAAUAUAAAAAACAGAUUAAUAACACAAUCCACCCAUUUUCACCUGAUAGAAAUGACGCGCCAACCUCUUUAAGUACAUCUGAACCUACAGAAGACCACAAGGCUGAUUAUAUAAAGCAAUGUGGAAUGUUGUUCCAAGCACAAAAGAAGGUUUUACCAGAGAAACUUGACAACAAUAACAAAAUGUACUUUCAGUCCUUAAAAGCAGCAAAGGAUGCUGAGGAGAUUUAUGAAGAUGAAAUCAGACAAAAUGAAUCACAAUCUGAAGCAAAGGUUCCGAAUUCCACAUGGAUGAUGAAGGCUUCGCCUUUAUCAGAGGAAAAAGAGACUUCAGUUUACAAAAAAGAGAUUUCAGUUUCAUCGGUGUUUAGAAGAGAUUCUCCUUGGAACCUUGAAUUUAAGGAAGACCAUAUGAAAACUCUUGAAAGAUUUGCCAGUACUCACAAAGAAGAUUCAACAGAGAAACUAGAAAGUGACCAAAUAAUAUCCGAUCAAUCAGCAUUCAGAGAGCCAACAGUGAUUAAUGCAACUAAAAUUGAUCAGAAACAACAUGAAAGGGAAGUUGAAUGCCUUUCUCCAACUAUGACACAUACCCAAACAUCGUCCUUAAAAGAAAAAACACAGACUUUGGAUUUAUUCAGUUCAUUAAUAAAAGAGACUCCAGCAGAAGACCAUCAUUAUAAAUAUAAAGCUAUGAACGAAUCUUCAAAAGCUGGGACUCCUUCCAUUAACCUAAACAAACAUUGUCCUCCAGAAUUUUUUCAGCAUAUUGCGUCUCCUAAAAUUAAACAAGGAGCUACCUGUGUCCUUGAAUGUCAAUUUCAUGGACACCCACAACCUCUGGUAACUUGGCACAAGGAUGAACAUCCAAUUCCGCAGAACAGGGGUUAUCAUAUUUACUCCACAGAAAAUAAAUCCUCAUUGAGUAUUAGCUGCAUAUGCCAAGAACAUGGAGGAGUUUAUGCAUGUGUAAUAUUCAACCAACAUGGUACUGCAGCAACAUCCUGCGUCCUUACAGUACAAGACCCUGGGCUGCUUGAAGAAUCUUUGAAAUCAUUUAAUAUACAUGUGACAGAAACACUGGAAGACGAUCAAGUCCACCAGGUUGAAAAGGAAGUUGAGUCUUACUUUCCACCAGUUCCUGUAAUAAAAUCCACCCUGCAAAUACCGAGUAUUGCAGCACCCAAACCACGUCCAUUAAGUUUAUCUACCCUUUCUUCUCCCGUUGAAAUUAAAAUAACUGCUCCAACUCCAACACCAGAGCACGAUGAAGAAAGGAGAGAGUUAUUUCAGAUGGACGAGGUUGCUUCCAUGGAUUCAUCUGACGAAUCCUCUUCCCAAUCAACAAAACAUAAAUUUAAAUUUUCUUUUGAUGUAAUGUGUGAACCUCCACGUAUUGUAAAAGAGUUAGAUAAGAUUUGUUGUACCGAAGGAGAAACAGUGAUGUUUGAAUGUCUAAUUUCUGGUGAGCCCAAACCUUUUGUUACAUGGAUUCAAAAUGACAGAGCUUUACCUUAUGAUAUGAGCAAGUACCAAUUUGAAGGGAGUGGGGGAACGUUUAGAUUAUAUAUUAAUGGUGUUUCAGAAUCUGAUGCAGGAAAGUAUAAAUGUAUUGCAAAAAAUAAAGUUGGGGAAGCACAGAGUACAUCUAAUCUCAUAAUAGAACCUGUAGUGCACAGUUUCAUUUACCAUCUGAAGAAUAAUGAGUCUUCUGAUGAAGAAACACAAUCACCUGUUAGCUGUUUUCUAAAUAAAAUGGACCAGGAUGAAGAUAUUGAACAGCAAUGUCAGAAAGGAAAUACUUCUCUUCCAUGUAGUGUAGAAACCCCCCCAAUUCAUGUUAUUUCUGAAGGUGGUGCUUUUGUUCCACCCACUGCAGCUGGAUUUUCAAGCAAAGAUUCAUCUUUAAAGGACGAGCAUACUGAAGUUGCUUUGGAUUCAUUGAGUUCUUUUGAUAACGAAUUUUUAAGUAACAGUUCACCUACAAGACAGAAAAAUAAUAAAAUAAUCACAGAAUCACUGACUUCCUAUGCUGAUGAAUUUCCACAUAAAUAUAUUGAUACAAUGACCAGAGAGACAGGUGUGACAGGGCAAAAAAUGCCAGAAAAAACAAUAGAGGAAAUGUAUUCUAUUAGCCAAUAUUUACAGUGUCUUGAUAAAAAGCAGACGCUAUCUGAAGUUCAGAAGUUGGAUGAAGAAGCAGAAUUAAAUGAUAGGUGUGUAUUUUUAGGAGAAAUACAUGAUGAUAGUUUAUUUUCAGAAGACAAUACCAAGCAAGUAGUUGAAAGUAAGAAAGGAGAAACAGAAAAAAAUAAGGCAGAGGUGGAGUUAAGUCAAAAAAACAAUUGUGAUGUAAGUGUAGAUUCGGUAGAAACAAGUUCUAAGAAGGAUGAGGCAAGUGAGAAUGUUUCCAUUGCACAAUACCUCCUUACUGAAAGGCAGGAGCAGGCACCAGUUCAUGAUUGGGAAAAUAAUGAGGCAUUUCAGCAUGAUGAGUCUGGAAUAACUUCAAUGGAAGUUGAAGAUGUAACAUUUUCUGCUGUUUAUGACUACUACAAUCAAAAUGAAGAGUGGACACGGUCCCUUUCCCCUGAAUCUGAAAUGUCAUUUGAAAUUAGUAGUACAGUUAGUGAUGAAGUAGCAGAAAAUGAAAGAUUUUAUACACCGCCAUUGGCUUCUGAAAAUUUCAGAUCUGUUGUAUCUGCAGAGUCAUUUCAUACUCCACCUCAAUCACCUGGCUAUGUAACUCCUGAAGAAAGAUUGCCUUCACUUAAUGCUUCUCGUACUUUACUAGAGAGAUUUUAUACACCACCAGAAUAUUUUAGAUCACCAGUAGAUGAGGGUAUUGAAACAACACCUAUUGAAUGUUCAAGUCUAACAGCUGAAGAGCAAAGAUCAGAAGCAUUUACAACUCCACCACAGGAAGCUGAAGCAAAAGGAAAUGAAAUGCCUCCUGCAUUUAUUAAACCCCUUGCUCGAAAAAAGAUUCACGAAGGGGGUUCACUUACAUUUAUAACUGAAGUAAUAGGUUGCCCAAUUCCAGAUGUUAAGUGGUAUAGAAGAAAAUCAUUAUUAGAGCCUAAUCACAAAAUAAGACUAGAAAGGGAAGGAAAUUUGUGUAUAUUAGUGAUUCAUAGCGUGCAAAGAGAAGAUGAAGGAGAGUAUGUCUGCAAUGCUGUAAACAUUGUAGGUGAAGCCAAAAGUAUUGCUCAAGUGGAUGUUUUAGCACAAGAUGCAAGGUUCGUUGCAUUGCCACCACCCGUGACUCAUCAACACGUCAUAGAGUUUGAUGUGCAGCAAGAACAAACAUCAAGAUCUCCUUCGCCUCAAGAAAUUCUUCUGGAAAUUGAACUUGAUGAACAUGAUGUGAAGGAAUUUGAAAAACUGAUAAAAAUUAUUACAAUUCCUGAAUUUUCUGCUGACAAUAAAAACAUGGUCAUCUCACUAGAUGUUCUUCCUAUGAUGGUUGCUGAUGAGCAAACUAUAGACUUAACAUCAAAACAAAAUGAAGAUGUGAAAAUUGAUUUAGAAAUCACUGAAAUGCCCCCAAGAUUUAUUUGCCAUAUUUCUGAUCUUGAGAUUCCAGAAAACACAGAUGCAGUAUUUGAAUGCUCUGUGACAGGUAUUCCUAUUCCAGAAAUAAUGUGGUUCAAAGAUGAUUUACAUAUAACAGUAGAUGGCAUUAAAUACAUUAGAAAAGAUAAUUCUAAUCAUAGUCUUAAAAUAACUAAUGUCUGUCCUUCGGACAAUGGCAUAUACAGUUGCAAAUCAGUGAAUAGUGUUGGAGAAGCAACAUGUAGGGGUUAUCUUGCAGUAACAAAGUCAUACAUGGCAACUAGAAAAGCUGUAGCUGCUUUAUCACUGGGUGGUGCUCAAGAAAGUUCCCAGGAAUUAGAUGUUGUUGUUGGUGAUUCUUUGCUGGAUGACAAUCAGAGUUCAGAAUUUGAGGUUGAGUUUGAAUUUGAACAAUGUAGAGAUGAUUCCCAGAAAUCAGUGAAACUUGUUGCUGCAACAGAAAAAGGCAGCGAGGAAGGAGGUGAGGAAUGUGUGAAUAUCAACUUUGAUGUAUUUGCUGAACCUGCCAAAGAUGAAAUUGUUCAGUUUAAAGCAGAGGCUUCUGAAACAUGUUCAUUUGAAUUUCAAGUGACAGAGAUUCCACCCAAGUUUGUGAUUUCUCUUCUUGAUUGCAACACAACUGUGGGGAGCGUAGCAUAUUUUCAAUGCUGUGUGACUGGUACUCCAAAACCUACUGUAAUUUGGUAUCGGAAUGAGAGAAUACUUGAAGGUACCAACUAUAGCAUUGGGGAGAAAGAUUCUGGGCAACAUUACUUGAACAUUGUCAAUGUUAUGGAAAGUGAUGCUGGAAUCUACAAGUGUAAAGCUGUUAGCAAAGCUGGGAAUGCAGUCACAGUUGCUGUUUUAAAAGUAUUUUGUGCAUAAAAUCUUUCAGAGUGUCCUUUAUACAUUUAGAAUUUAAAUUUGAUGCUUAUAGAUAUUUUUGAUAAAUAGCAUGUUUAAGGAUAUGCUACUUUCAAGCAUGAAAAUUAAAUUGAUCUUAAUGUUAAGAAUUAUAUUUGAUAUGGCUGAAAAAAUGUAAAACAAACUUCUUGUUGUACUCUGGAGUGAUGAAUCGGUAGGAAAGCUUUUAUUUGAAAGUUUGAAAUAAUAGCUGAAAAAUACCUAGUGUGAAAAUAGUGAAUGUUUUGGAUUAAGAACAUGAAAAUGUAUGGCUAUGCUUGAGGCUAGUUUAUGGAAAAAUAUUGAUAACUUGAGGGAUUUUACUCGAACAACUAAUCCAUUAAUGAUCGAACUCUUUAAACAGUGAUAAUGUUACAUCUGGUGACAGAAGAUCAGUUCUGUUGAAUCACAAAAUAUUUUUACAUAAACUGCAGCCAAGGCUUCAUCUUAUAUGUACGAUAAUUUUUUGAAACCAAUACGGUAUCAAUGUAUAACAUUUCUAUUAAUCCAAAUUCCUUAUCAUUUGGCCCAUGACAUUGUUUCUCCUUGAAGUGUGUUGAGGAACUUAAUAUUGAGUUCCAUUAUUCCCAGCUUAAAGAGGAGUAGAUAUUAAUUUCAAGAUAUGUUUGUAUUCAACAGAACAUCCCACAGCAUCAGCAAGGGCUUUCCUAAAAUAUUUAAUUCACGGGCUGUUUUCAAUGGAAAGUUUAGUUAAAAUAUUGACAUUAUCACUAUUUCCAUUCAUGCUAUGUGAAUAUUUUUGUUAAAAUUUAGAGUAACCGAAGGUGUGCAUUAAUGUAUGAAAGUUUAUUCUUACUUGAGGACUAUUAUACCUUUUUAUGGAAAAUGACUAACUUAUGGACACUUAGCAGGAAAGUUUAAGAAAAAAAACAUCGGGCUGAGGUGUUUUCUUAAGUUUUUAAUUUAACAGUACAAUAAAUUUAAGUGUCCUAUUUGAUAAAAUAUUCACAAAAAAAGAUGAAACAGUAUAGCUUUAUUGUUGUGAGUAAAAUAUGAAGCCAUUCACCCAAAUUACUGAAAGUCAGUUCCAUCUAGUUCAUGGUUCUCUAUUUCUUGUUUAAGACGUGGCGUAUUUAAAAAUAUUUAGAAGAACGAGGGGGGACAUCAUUGAAAUAUACAUAAUAGUGAAAGGCUUGGAUAGAGUGGAUGUGGAGAGGAUGUUUCCAUUAGUUGGAGAGUCUAGGACUAGAGGCCAUAGCCUCAGAAUUAAAGGAUGUUCUUUUAGGAAGGAGAUGAGGAGACAUUUCUUUAGUCAGAAGGUGGUGAAUCGGUGGAAUUCUUUGCCACAAAAGGCUGUGGAGGCCAAGUCAGUGGAUGCUUUAAAGACAGAGAUAGAUAGAUUCUUGAUUAAUACAGGUGUCAGAGGUUGUGGGAAGAAGGCAAGAGAAUGCGGUUAAGAGGGGAAGAUAGAUCAGCCAUGAUUGAAUGGCGGAGUAGACUUGAUGGGCCGAAUGGCCUAAUUCUACUCCUAUCACAUGACUUUAUGAUCUUAAAAUAGCAAGGCCAACUGAUGAGGUUGAUGGCCACUAUGGCUAGUCUAGGAUGAGGGGCAUAAUCUUAAAAUUGGAACCAGGUCUUUCAAUAGUAAAUAUUGAAAGACAUGCAGACAUUAAUAGAAGUUUGAAAUCAUUAUCUAGAGUUGACAAUUGUGCAUUGUCAGUUGUUGAUUUUUCAUGUAAUAUUGAUUGUUUCUGUUAUCAGAAGGUUUUAGUAUCACUGGAAGUUUGAUCUCGUUGAAUGGCUGAUCAAACUGAUUAAUUCCACUUCCUAAUUUCUAUUUUGAUUGAUUUGAACAUAGGUAUGAUGUGGAAAGUAUUUCAAUUUAAAAACUUAAAAUUCAGAUUAUUUAUGGAUUGGACAAUUAUAUGACAUUUUCUGCCACACAUAUUAUGUUGGAAAAUUGUCCUCAUAACUUUGAGGUAUGUAAGCAUGUUCUCUUUAUAUACCAUGUGAUGGAGUAGAGAGGAUAAACAAAAAAAAUGGCGUAGAACAAUCUAAGAAAGGUUACAGUUCUUGCAGGGAAUCCUUGACUUAAAAAUAAAUAUUUUAGUUGCCUAUCAAGCGUAUUUCCUGCGGCUUUUAAAUUACAUCUUUAUAAGCCUGAAUUCACAGUAUAAAUAAUCAACUUUUAGCUAUUAUUUUCUCGUCUCUUUUUAACCUUUCAUCGUAUUCCUUAUCAAAAAUAGAAAGUAAUCUAUUUCCAGAUCUGUACAGUUAGAAAGUACACAGUGCAUUUCGCUAUCCUUCACUUUCCUAGCCUACUCAGGAGAAAGUGACUGCUAUUUUAACUUGUCUUUCUGAUAUCUUUUGUUGUUAAGGAAUCCUGGAAAAAAACACAUUGUGUCAUUCUGUGGUGCAGUUAAUUUGAACACAUUAUGUCAUACAUUACUUGUUUAAAAUUUGGUUAAUUCAAUGGUUUUGUUACUUUAUUGUAUUUGUUAGCUUCAGGCUAGUUUUUGGAGGUUAGCAACGUUUUGGGUUGUUCAGCAUCAGAAAUGUAAGGAUGUAAAGUUUAAGAGUACUUUUGCUGCUGUAUUUAUGUGUUUUACAAUAUAUGGUGUUGGAGAGAGUCCACUUGAUGACAUGAUGGAGUUUACGGGGUCCUAGAGGGUUUAGUCAGGCAGUCAAAUUUUACAUUGGAUUGGUUCAGAGAUUGCAGCAAUGGCAUACUACAGAUGAUUUUAGGGUAAUUUAUGAGUAAAAACAGAAAUGCACUCUUUCAUGAGUUUGCAAACAAUCAAAUGGCAUCUGUAUAUUUGUGAAUCAUAUCUUUGCUUAUCAUUUUAAUAUUUAUUUCCUAAAUUGUUGAUUUUAAAAUGAAGCCAACUCGUCAAAACUGCUUAAAUUGUUUGAUAUUUAAAAAGAACAAGUUUUAAUGGUUUGAAUUCUGUAGGUUCAAUUUAUUGAAAUUACAAAAUAGAAAAAGAUACUUUUCAUGAUAUAAGCAUGAAUAUAUUAAUACAUAUGUUUCUUUUGAUCUCAGUAUGACAACCUAGUUGUAUGAAAGCAUGCAUUGUUUCCCUGUCUUGUCUGCCACACUUGACAUGGUAUAAAGCACGAUAAGUAUAAAAAUUAAGGUUUGUAUUUUAGUGAAAAUAAACAUUUAAUGCUGCAAUUAUUCAUUCCUUCUACGGGUUUCUGUUAAAUAUGUUUCUUAUUUGCUGGUUAUAGUAAUGUGUACACAAACUUCUGGUCUGCUGUCAUGUAAAUAUACAGCUGGUUUGGUAUAUGAGAUAUAUUUUCUUUUGAUUAUCCCAUCUCUCCAUAAGACAGCAACUUGUACUGGGUUGUGGUUCCAGGGUGGUAGUAGCUACCUCUCAUAUUACUCAGCUAAGUGUUCUGAUGUUUAUGUAUUGGUACGCAAUUUGAGGCCAACACGGUUGAUGUAAUCGCACUCUAGGCUAAUACCCACAUACUUCCUGUUUGGAGAGCAACCUAGAACUGUUGGGGGUUUUUUACAUAAUAGCUUGGAGCCACUGAAUUUUUAACAUUUCAUUGCUGCUUCGUUAAGAGAUGUUAAAUCAGAGAUUUAUCAAUAGCAUUUGGCUGUUUUGAUGAUAGUGAAAAUUAUUGUAUUAAUCUUGCUGUUACCAAGGUAAAAGUAGGAAUAUAUGAUCUCUUGAUUUCUCUUAAUGUGACCUAACAAUCAAAUUUGUAUUUCAGUGAUGGAAUAAAGCUUAUAUUAGAAAUUA